UCCCGCCUCCUUUGCUGCGCAGCUGUUACGCACACACUGAGAGCCCGGGUAGUUGUGUGUAGGGAAUUGUGUACGGAGAGCGCGAGUGGAUUUACGGCCUGUGUGCGGCAGAGCGAGUUCUGAGGAAAGAAUUAGCGAGAGAUAGGGUCAAACGUACAGGGAACGAGUUUUUUCGGUACCGGGGAUAUCAAUCAGCCUCAUACUCACAUACAAGAGGUCCGAGAGAUUAGUCGCACUCCCAGAGCCGCAAUGCCGACUAUAGAGGAGCUUUACCAGAACUAUGGGAUCCUUGCUGAUGCUAAGGAGGAUGUGAGCCAGCAUAAAAAUGCGUACCAAGUGAUAUUGGAUGGAGUAAAAGGAGGAUCCAAAGAGAAGAGAUUGGCAGCACAGUUUAUUCCUAAAUUCUUCAAGAAUUUUCCGGACCUGGCAGAUGCUGCUCUCAAUGCUCAGCUUGAUCUAUGCGAGGAUGAAGAUGUUUCUAUCCGCAGGCAAGCCAUCAAAGAACUUCCACAGUUUGCUACAGGAGAGAACCUUCCCCGAGUGGCGGAUAUUCUCACACAGCUUCUUCAGUCAGAUGACUCUGCUGAAUUCACUUUGGUGAACAAUGCCUUGCUGAGCAUAUUUAAAAUUGAUGCUAAAGGAACCUUAGGAGGUUUAUUCAGUCAGAUUCUGCAAGGAGAGGAUAUUGUACGAGAGAGAGCAAUCAAAUUCCUGUCCAACAAACUGAAAACUCUACCAGAAGAUAUCCUAACAAAGGAUGUGGAGGACAUUAUAUUUUCUGAAUCGAAGAAGGUUUUAUAUGAUGUUACUGGAGAGGAGUUUGUUCUUUUCAUGAAGAUCCUGUCAUUUCUGAAGAACUUGCAGACAGUCAGUGGAAGGCAGCAGUUGGUGGACUUGGUAUCUGAACAGGCAGGCCUGCACCAGACACUAAAUCCUGCAGAUCCUGACUCUGUAGAUCGCUUGCUUCAGUGCAUGCGCCAGGCUGUGCCCCUUUUCUCGAAAAAUGUCCACUCCACUAAAUUUGUGACCUAUUUCUGUGAGACUGUCCUUCCCAUCCUCAGUACUUUGACCAGUCCAGUUGAAGGAUUUGAUGUCCAGCUUGAAGUGUUGAAGUUGCUGGCUGAGAUGAGUUCAUUUUGUGGAGACAUGGAUAAACUUGAAUCAAACUUAAAUAAACUUUUUGACAAGUUGCUGGAGUAUAUGCCACUCCCGCCUGAGGAGGUGGAGAAUGGCGAGAAUGCAGCUAAUGAAGAACCUAAGCUGCAGUUCAGCUAUGUUGAAUGUUUACUCUUCAGUUUCCACCAGCUUGGUAGAAAGCUGCCAGACUUCCUCCUUACAAAGGUUGAUGCUGAGAAGUUGAAAGACUUCAAAAUUAGGUUACAGUAUUUUGCCCGAGGUCUUCAGGUCUACAUCCGACAGCUUCGACUGGCACUGCAAGGGAAGACUGGGGAGGCUCUCAAAACAGAAGAGAACAAAAUCAAAGUUGUGGCUUUGAAAAUAACUAACAAUAUAAAUGUUUUAAUCAAGGAUUUGUUCCACAUUCCUCCCUCCUACAAAAGUACAGUAACAUUGUCCUGGAAACCUGUGCAGAAGGCAGAGCCUGGGCAAAAGAGGUUAAGUGAUGAGACGACUUCUGGUUCACCUCCUAAAAAGCCAAUAGUUGGACCAAAGAGAGACUCCAGACAGAUAUAUAACCCACCUAGUGGCAAAUACAGUGGAAGCCUCGGAAAUGUCCCUUACGAGCAGAGAGGUGGCUUCAGGGGAGGACGUGGAAGAGGAUGGGGAGGGCGUGGAAAUCGUAGCAGAGGUCGAGUGUACUGAAGAAGAGCAUGCUUUGCUCAGACCACAUGAUCUCCUGAAAGAACAUCUGCACAAAGGCUGGACUGAUGUCUUCACAGUUGCCUUUGGCUAUAGACUUUAACGUGAAAAGCAUCCUUUACAGCUUUGUUUGUACCUAUUUUCUAUCCAGAUCUCCUGCUGUUCCUUACAUCAGUUUGGAUGUCGCAGGAUCCUGAGCCGCUUCCAUUUUUGAUAUUGUGUCGAUCUGUUCGUAUUUAGAUGGAAUUAUGAUUAAAUGUAAUAUAAGGACAAAAAAGCAAAGGUGCAGAAUGUUAGUAGUUAUGUCCAAUUGAUGAUGCUUCAACUAAUAUUACAAACAUAUAUUUGCACCCUGGCAAAUGGAUAUGAAGACCUUUUUUUGAUAUUUAUGGGGGUUCCCAUUGCUAGAUGCCAGGUGACCUUCCAUAUGAGUAGAUCUUUUCAUACAGCAGAAAGUAUGUUAAUCAGAUUUAGUGGAAACAUUUAAUUUAAAUCAAGAACUAAUUUCUCAUAUCCGAUAAUUCCAAUUAAAAACAGCACAGUUAUUUCCUCCCUUCUGUCGAUAGUGUAUCUGUUUAGAUAUGUUUAGUCUUUGUAUGCAGAUUUUUUUUUUUAGUUUGUUCACUUAUAGGUACUUCAAAGUGACUGUUUUACACCCCAAACGUAGACUUUAAAACCAGCUUGCAUUUUGUUUGGUGUUUAUUUUUUUUUGAGCAUUGAUGAUAAAUCGGUAUGUUUCUGAAGUUUGUAUGCGUUUUCUCAGUGCAGCACUGUUACAUUUUCUGUUCAACUGUGCUCAGUUUUUAGGGAAAGUAGUGCAGAAUAUUAACACUACACAAAUAAGUGUGGGGUAGUGAGAUCCUGUUAAUUAAAAAAAAAAAAAGUGCAAAAUUUCCAGAGAAUAACAGAAAACACUAAUUUAAAAACACAUUAUUACUAAAGGUAUCUGUGCUGUGAUGACUGCAAUGACUGCCUUCUACCAAUCAAACAUCCAUUAAUGUAGAGCCAAACUGCUUAUUUCAGUAUAGUCUAUUAAAGGGUCAUUAGACUAUAUACAUUUCCUUCAUGCAUCUCAAAGAGACUUAUUUGAUCAUGCUAAAAAAAAAAUGUUUAAAACAGUGUCAGCAAGAAGGUAACUGGGUAUCAGCAUAAAUUCCACAUCUCCAUUGGUGAACAUAACAAAAAAAACUCUAUUAUGCAGUAAGAAUUAGAUGAAACCAAGAAAAAAAUAAAUACAUUUAUCUGUUCUGAGUUUUGGACCAGUGAUCAUACAAGACAUUUAAACAUACAAACUCCAGUUACUGAGAAAACAUGACCUUCCAAGAUUUUUUUUUUGUUUGUUUGUUUUUUUGUAUACACAUACUUUGCGAUUCUGUGAAAUUCGUACUUUUUAAGUUACCAAGAAUAUGGUUAUAACAUUUUAAGUUUAAUUUUGUCCAUAAAACAUAAACAUUUUUGUUAGGACAUUGUUGGUUAAAUAUCUCAGUUCCUUGUUUUGGAAAAAUCUGCUAUUUACAUUUUAUUGUUAACUGCAGCUUUUAAGUUUGAUUUCCAUUUGUUUAUUUUUAGUUGUCAGUUGGGUAUUUUAUAAUGGCUCUUUUGGUAAAGUUUUUGUAUUUGUAAAAAUUGUAAUAUAUCAUUUUUUUCCAUUAAGCUGUGUAAACUUAUAAAAUUAAUUUUGAGUUUAAAUAGUGGAAGUUUUUCUUGUUACACUAUGGGUUAACACUUUAUCUAAACAUAGGUAGUCCUUUAAUUAUAAAACCGGACCUUUUUAUAAGGAAGCUUAAAGUGAUGGUAAAUCCAAGCAUAUAAAAAACACUAGGAUUUACCAUCACUAAAAAUCAAGGGGAGAUUUAUUUCAACCGUGUAAAAAUGGGUGCUAAACUCAACCUUUCUGUGCCGUUGCACAGAGCUCUAAAUUCAGCGGCUCCGGACACCCACUGCAAAACGGUCUUCUACCAAUGAGGUGCUGCUUGCUUCUCUGAACCAUAAGCCGUGCGGGCAUACAGAAACCUGUCAGUUGACACACACCGCUAUUGGUUUAGAGGUGCAAACGUCUCCUCAUUGAAGGAGGUGGUUGUGCCAUGGGCGGCUGGAUCCGCUGAAUUUAGUGAUGGUAAAUCUUGGCGUUUAACGCUUGGAUUUACCAUCACUUUAGGUUCAGAGAUUUUGCUGUGUUCCUAUACAAUUUAUAUGCAGCUUCUUAAGUUGUGGUCCAGCUGUAAAGCAGAAGCCAAUUUACAGACAUUACUAGAAACUUGUCUGCAGUACCCAGAAGUCAAAUCUGCAGAAUGCAUCUAGUAUGACUUUGCAUAUCUACCUUCACUUAAAUGGCCACUGCACCAUAAAUCGGAGCAUGCAGUUGUCAGACUUUUCAAUUUAUUUCGAAUAUCUAAUUUUGCUUUUUUCUCUUUUUAUUAUGCUUUGUUAAAAGCAUUCCUAGGUAGGCUCAGGGUUAGCAAUGUACUACCGGGAGCUAGCUAUUGAUGGUGACUGCACAGAUGUGCCCACCUAGCUUCCAGUAGUGCAUUCAACAAAGGAUACCAAGAGAAGGAAACUAUUACUUAAUAUAAGUAAACUGGAAAGCUUAUCAAAAUCCCAUGCUCUGAGUCCUGAGAUUUUUUUUUUUUUUAGUUUAUGCCCUUUAAAUAACUAAUAUAAUAUAAAAAAUAUAUCUGCAUAUUAUCCAGCUAAUCUUUGCUUUGAAUACAUCAUGUCUAUAAUUUAUUCAGUAUUUAAUUUACCUUUAAAUUUAUAUUCCAAUGCACAAAUUGCAUGCUAUAAUUUGUGUGGUAGUGACUGGAGCUUACUAUGUGUUUAAACACUGCAAAGGGGUUAAACACAUAAGUAACAUCCUACUCAAGAGUUGCUGUUCUACUUGGGAGCUGUUCUAUUUAUAUAGCCAUUUCAAAAGUGUAUUUAAGUGUGCACCAGCAUUGUAAACGCAGCAUUUGCUCAGAGAGCCAAAGGUUCUUGCACCAUCUGGUAAUGACUCAAUGUGUUAAUUAUUGACAUGAUACAAGCCCCACUGGUGCUUUGAGCAGCUUCAGUAUUUAAAAUGCUGGUGCACUGACAAUAUCCAGCUAUGCUUCACGUGCAGAGAAAAAUCUUGACACUAAAACAGUAUAAAGCAUUUUUUAUGCAGUUUCAAAUUUUAAUUUCCCUUUAAAUAGAGGUUUGGUUAAAAUUAAAUGAAAACAUAUUUUAAAACUAGAAUGUCCCUUUAAAUAAUCUAAACAAUUGAUAACAUCAAUACAAAUAUAUCCAGCCCUUAUAUUUGCAUUUGUUUGUCCCAAUAAAUAACUAAAUAGGAACAGAAUAAUUUUCAUAGUUUUACUAAGAGCUUAAUAGCAAAAACCUUUUUUGUUAUAUUUUUUAAAAAUAUAUUUAUUUUUGGUCAUUCUAUCAAGACCUUUUUAUUGUUUAAAUACACAAAGUUCCUUGUGUUUUAGGAAUUGCACGAGUUAGGUAGUUUUGAAAGCUACAUUUUGUUCUAUGAACAUUUUUUUUUUUCCAUCUGAAAUUUCUGUAAAGCUUUGUAAUCUUUCCUUCAUUUUAACGCAUGUUUAUUUUCUGGAAUUUAUGUAUUCAAAGACUGAAAUAACUAUUUAAUUGAUAAAUUGUUGUUUUCUUUUGUCACCAGUAACAAAUUCCAAAUUCUUCUAGAAUAAGUUUGUUUUGUAAUGUUGAAUUGGCUCUUUCACCAAGAAUUUUGAGACCAUUUCUUCAUACUAUGAGCUAAGCUUGUUCUGACUUUCAACUAAGGUAUCAUGCUGUUUUGUAAAAUCUAUAUAUUAGAAUACUAUUAAAUUCCAUCCGACUCAA